UUGGGACAUGGAGGGUAACGAGAAACAACGACAAAGCAAUGAAAGCAUUGUUCGUCCUGCAACAAAGUCAAAAGAGAAGACAAUUUAUGUUUUAUUAUUCCAAAUUAUGGUGCACUUUAUUGCAAUUGCUUUAGUGUUGUUCAUUACCUGGCACGCCCAACCGGGUUCAAGCCUCUUUUCAUGGCAUCCAACAUUAAUGAUAUUUGGUUUUGGUUUCUUCAUGUUUGAAGCAAUUUUGAUAUUCUCCAAGAGCAGUUCCCUUAUACCAUCAGCUAAAAGGGAAACAAAAGUCAAGUACCAUUGGAUCCUGCAAUUUCUAGCUGCAUCUUGUGCAGUUGGAGGCUUCCUUGCUAUAUUCAUCAACAAAAACCAGCGUAACAAAUUACAUUUUGUGUCAUGGCAUGGUUUUCUUGGUGGGAUUGCUGUGUUUAUGGCUGUUUUUCAGGCAUGCAUGGGUACAAGCCUCCUUUAUCCAAAACUACCUAUAAUCAAUAUGUUUAAACUGGCUGUCUUGAAGAAACUCCAUGCCUUAUCAGGAACACUUAUUUUUGUUUUAAGUUGUCUUGUAAUCUUCCUAGGAUUCUAUUCAAAUUGGUUUGUAAAGAAUGUCGGACUCUAUAGUGUUGCAUGGGGUUUAUGUGCUGUAUGCCCAAUAUUUUUUGCUGCAACAGUGAAUAAUCAAGUUGCUCAGUCCUAUUUGUAUAAAAAAUCUCAAGUAUAAUCACAUAUUUGCCAAUUUUUUC